AUGUCGAUGCCCGACAUCCGUAUCGCUGGGAAGUACCGUCUGGGGAGGAAGAUCGGCUCGGGCUCGUUUGGAGACCUGUACUUGGGUACCCACAUUCAGACUGGUGAAGAAGUCGCCAUCAAGCUGGAGUCUAUCAAGACGCGUCACCCGCAGCUGCUGUACGAGUCCAAGCUGUACAAGAUCCUCCAGGGCGGACCCGGCGUUCCGAACAUCCGGUGGUAUGGCGUGGAGGGCGACUACAACGUCAUGGUGCUGGACCUGCUCGGGCCGUCCCUCGAGGACCUCUUCAACUUCUGCAACCGCCGGUUCAGCCUGAAGACGGUGCUCAUGCUCGGGGACCAGAUGGUGUCGCGAAUCGAGUACGUGCACAGCAAAUCGUUCAUCCACCGCGACAUCAAGCCCGACAACUUCCUGAUGGGGCUGGGCAAGCGCGCGAACGUGGUCAACAUCAUCGACUUCGGGCUGGCGAAGAAGUACCGGGACCCCAAGACGCACAUCCACAUCCCCUACAGGGAGAACAAGAACCUGACGGGCACGGCGCGCUACGCCUCGAUCAACACGCACCUGGGGAUCGAGCAGUCGCGCCGCGACGACCUGGAGUCGCUCGGGUACGUGCUGAUGUACUUCCUCCGCGGGUGCCUCCCGUGGCAGGGCCUCAAGGCGGUGACCAAGAAGAUGAAGUACGAGAAGAUCAGCGAGAAGAAGAUCUCGACGCCCAUCGAGAUCCUCUGCAAGUCCUACCCGGGCGAGUUCGUCACGUACUUCCAGUACUGCCGCUCCCUGCGGUUCGACGACAAGCCGGACUACGCGUUCCUGCGCAAGAUCCUGCGCGAGCUGUUUGCGCGCGAGGGCUACGCGUGGGACUACGUCUUCGACUGGACCAUCCUCAAGUACCAGAAGCAGCAGGCCGCGCAGCAGCCCGUGCCGCGGAACAUCGAGGCUCCUGCGGAGGACGCGGACGGUGCUAGGAACCGGGCGGUGGCCGGGGAGGCCGGCGGGGCGGGGCGCGAGGAGGGCAUGUAG